AUGGAGCUGCCACCUUCCACUGCCGCUGCAGCUCGUGCCGGUAUCAAUAUUCAGGUCGCGCAUUCUCAUGGUCUAACGCGAGUGGAGUAUGCGCCUAGUGGAAGCAAAGUGAGGUACGUGAGCAAAGUAGACAAAAAGCUGAUCCUUCAGCAGCGCGUGUGCUUACCCCCGGCGCUUUCCGCCUUGUGCUGCUCCCAGCUGGCUGUUCACAGGUGGUGACGAAGGUACGGUGCGACUGCUACCCACGGAUCCCAGCUCAGGUGCAGAAGCCUUGGCCAUCGACGACGCCACGGCCCCCAUCAACUGGAUCGAUGCGGAUGCCGACUAUCUCGUAGCCGCCGCAGCAGAUGGAGCAGUGCGCAUAUAUCAACACAACGCCUCUCUUUCGGAAGAUGGCGCGGCAGCGACCGAUCUGGUAGGCAUCCUCACCCGCACAGGACUUCCCGCUCGAUGCGCUGCCUUGGAGCGACACGUUCUGCCGACCAAAACUCCGCGAGUCGCUUGCUUGAGCGAUGACCUCGUCAUCAAAGUGGUCGAUUCUGGUGCCCCUCAACGCGUGCAGCUCCUCGCCAAACACUCUCGUCCGCCCAAAGCUGCUGCCUGGUCUCCCGUCGAGCCUCUGCUAAUCACCACCGAUUGCGACGGGGUGGCUUGCAUCUGGGACAUGCAGGGCACCGAGCCGGUACACGUCAAAGCGAUAGAGAGAGUCUUAGCUCAGGCUCGGCCAGAGUCAGAGUACAGCUCCGAGCCCGUGUGGCAUCCUAGUGGCAACUCUUUCGUACUGCCAAGCAAGACGCACGAAGUUGUCAUGGUUGAGAAGCCGUCUUGGAAUGUCUCGACAAGCUUCUCCGCUCCAGCUCGUGACCAAUUGCCGCCGGGUGUUGAAUCGCCGAGCGGUCAGAUCAGCGCCUUGUCCUUCUCGCCGAAUGGCCGGUAUCUGGCUGUAGCUACCGCCAGCGCGCAUGUCACCAUUUGGGACACCGCAACGCGCAAGCCUCUUCGACAGAGAUCAGCCUACUCUCUCGUCACAGGCAUCAGCUGGCAUCCCGAAGCUGAUGCUCUCGCGUGGACCGACGCGCAAGGUCAACUAUCGCGCUGGUGGGAAGUAGUGGGGUCAGCAAACGCGAAUCCGUUUGAGCUGCUGGACUACCAGCACAGGUCUACGGAGCAGACGCUCAAAGAGCGGGUCCGCCAGCAACAAGUCACUGAGGACAUAGAUGCGCUCUUCGAUGGCGCAGGCCUAUCCGACGAAGAUGAGGAGACAGAAGCAAUGCUCGACAAAGAUGAACGUAGGCCGCGAACGCGUGAGCGGCAAAUGCGGGCCGGUGGAGAGGUCGAUGACGAUCUGAACGACUUUGUAGUAGAUGACGAUGGCGGCGGCACUGGCUAUGGUGCUGCCACCGAUCGACGUUCGAGAACUCAGAAGACCACAGGCCUAACACAGCGACACGUCGGCAGGUCUCACUCUAGUCUGAGUUCGUCGACUAAGAUGCAGUCCGCUUUCCAACCUACCUCGACCGACCUGCGUGGACAGCGGAGAUACUUCGCUUACAGCUGCCUGGGUUCUCUUGUAGGUACAGAUCAAGGCGAUCACCAGACGAUAGCAUUUGAGUCGAGUGACGCUGGCUCAAGACGAAAUUGGCGAUUUGCGGAUCACUUCGGAUACAACAUGGCAUCACUUGGGGGGUCUGGUGCGCUAUUUGCGUGUCCCGAGCGGCACGCGAAACACAACGAUGAUCAUGAAGACGAGGAUGACGCAGAGUCUGGGCACCCGAGUAGCAUCUUUUUCAAGCCAUUCGAAGCAUCAGGAGCCCGGACUACGCUCGCCACAGAGUGGACCGUCAAUUUGCCGAGGGGAGAAGAAGCGGUUGCGAUCGCGAUGGCCGGCAAAGCCCCGCGCUCGAACGCAGAUUCAACAGCCGCAGACGCCAUGACCAUCUCAAGCGCCAUCGUCGCAACAUCGGCUGGCUAUUUGCGCUUUUUUAGCGCAUCUGGCUUCCAACGAUACUUGUGGGCCCUUGGCUCACCGGUGGUAUCUAUGGCAGCGGGAACCCAUUCAGCAAUGAUAGUUCACCGGGGAGCAACUUCGUGCGCCUUGGAAGGCUUUCAGAACUUGAGCUAUAUCCUCAUCGAUUUGCUCACCUUCAGCAUUCAGCAACAAGGCGUCUUGCCGCUUGCCAAAGACGCCACUCUGCGCUGGGUUGGUCUGAAUGACGCGGAUGUGCCGGCCUUCUUUGACAGUCGUGGAGUGCUUUACUUACUGGAUCGAAGCCACGCACCUCACGGUCAAGCGCGUUGGGUGCCUUGUCUCGACACCAAAAACAUUCAAGCUCAACAGGCCUCCAAGACAGACUCCAGUCUUGCUCCUCGUUUACAUUACUGGCCGGUCGGCCUCACCUCUCAUAAAUUGCUGGCCAUCAUUCUAAAGGGCGCCCACUCGACACCGGACCCAUCUGCCUCGUCACGUCCACUCCUUCAAGAUCUCGAUCUUCAUUUCCCUUUAGCUGCGGGCGAAGGUCCGGCUGCAGCUCUCGAGCAAGAGCAUGCUCGAAGUGCGUUCCUGGCCGAUUCCAUUCGAUCCGCCAGACGCGCUCGUGCACUUGACCUCGAGCUUGAUGGAGACGAAGAGCCCGAUGACGACGAUUCGCCUGAUCCCUGGGCACUGCAACACAAUGCAGACAAAGCGCUGCUGCAGCUCAUUCAGCUCGCGUGCAAAGCAGACCGACACGCCAGAGCCCUGGACGCAGCCAUGGAAUUGCACUCUGAGAAGACUCUCGACGCCGCCCUUCAGAUCGCCACUUUCUUCCAUCAACCUGGCCUUGCGGAUCGCAUGGAAAACUUGCGGGGUUGGGUGCGAGGAAGAAGAGAGCGUGACGAGAGACGUGGAUCUGCAUCAGUAGUACUUGCCCCUCAACCUCCGACUGCACUGCAAUGCGGCAAUGGACUCCAUGGCAUCAACAAAGUAGAUGAUACCGUGACGUCCAAGGCUUUGACCGCCAAGGCAGCGCGCAAAGCUUUGACGACUUCUUGGACGCCGCAGACUCGGAGAUCGCACGGUGGCUCUGAUCGGGGAGCGGGCGUACUGAGUACCUCUGCUGCCAUCGCUUCUUCUCCAAUCGCUGUCGACUCUCAAGCGCGCAGCACUGCAGUCGCGUGGCCAGAGUCAAGUCGCUCCGAAGAAGUCGUCAAUGCCGAAAACGGCAUGAUUGAGCGUGGUGACUGCGACUCGAUGUUGGAUAAGGAAAAUCUCUUUCACGACGUCGAGGACGUGGAACUGCAUCAGAGGCCUGACAAGCGCAAAGCGAUAGCAUCGCAUGAUGUCGAGAAAGGUGAUGCGCCUCCAUCUCGGAGCAAGCUGAAUUGUGAGUAUCGUGGCUCGCUGCAUCAGACUCAGCAAAUUCAUAGCUGACGCUACCAUACUCUAGCCGGCAACCCUUUCGUGCGCGCAGCAACUCGAAACCCCUUCGCGCGAAAUCCAGGCAUGACGCGGGACCGUAGCAUGCACAAGAGCUCAUCCUUCUUUGAUCGCGUCGAUGCGUCCCUGGACGCUCAGCAUGACGCUGCUCUGCCUGUCUCGCGGCUCAUCAGUAGCGAUAGGCGCAGCGGAAGUGGCUCAAGCAAGUCGCGUCAAAGCACACUCUUUGGCCUCGGCGCUCCAAAAGCAUCGGGACCUGGCACAAAGCCUGUCGCCUCCAAAGAAGCGCCAACGCUCACUCCUAAUUUUGGCCAGCACGCUAGCAGCGGCAACGAGGAUUCUCAGGCAACAGACGAAAGCCUAGCCCGCACUCUUGCUACUUUCAAUGAUGAGGACUCUCAAAAUCAUCAUUUGCCCUCUCUGGAAGAGACUCAGUAUCCCGAUCCUGACGCGGAUGAAGAAACGCAACUGGUCGAUGCCUCGGGACGUCAAAGCGAUGCUGGGCACCGUCGCGCAGCAGAAGCCCCAGAUGGAGAGGAUGACAGCAACAUGAUGACCCUCGACGAAGCCCAUCGCGCUCAAGCCAGUGCGCACAUUGUCUCUCCCGUGUAA